AUGGGACCACUGUGCCCCAGGACUGUGUGCCCCAGGACCAGUGUGCCCCAGGACCACUGUGCCCCAGGACCAGUGUGCCCCAGGGACCACUGUGCCCCCAGGACCACUGCCCCAGGACCACUGUACCCCCAGGACCACUGUGUGCCCCAGGGCCCCAGUGCCCCAGGACCCCCCAGGACUGUACCCCAGGACCACUGCACCCCAGGACCACUGUACCCCAGGACCACUGUGCCCCAGGACCCCCAGUGUGACCCCCAGGACCAGUGUGCCCCAGCACCACUGUGCCCAGGGACCAGUGUACCCCAGCCCCUGCCCCAGGACCACUGUGCCCCAGGACCAGUGUGCCCCAGCACCACUGUGCCCCAGGACCACUGUACCCCAGGACCACUGUGCCCCAGGACCACUACCCCAGACCACUGCACCCCAGGACCACUGUACCCCAGGACCACUGUACCCCAGGACCCUGUGCAGGACCAGUGUGCCCACCCCCAGGACCAGUGUGCCCCACCACUGUGCCCAGGACCACUGUGCCCCAGGACCACUGUGCCCCAGCACCAUACCCCCAGGACCACUGUACCCCAGGACCAGUGUACCCCAGGACCACUGUGCCCUGGGACCACUGUGCCACCAGCACCACUGUACCCAGGACCACUGUGCCCCCAGGACCACUGUGCCCCAGGACCACUGUACCCCAGGACCAGUGUACCCCAGGACCACUGGGACCAGGGUGCCCCAGUGACCACUGUACCCCAGGACCACCCUGUGCCCCCUGCACCCAGGACCACUGUACCACCCCAGGACCACUGUGGACCACUGUGCCCCCCAGGACCAGUGUGCCCCACCACUGUACCCCCAGGCCACUGCCCAGGGACCACUGUACCCCCAGUGACCACCCCAGGACCACUGUACCCCAGGUACCCCAGGACCACCCCCAGGACCACUGUACCCCAGGACCACUGUACCCCAGGACCAGUGUGCCCCCAGGACCACUGCCCAGGACCAGUGUGCCCCAGGACCACUGUGCCCCCAGGACCAGUGUGCCCCAGCACCACUGUACCCCAGGGACCACUCCCCAGGGACCAGUAUACCCCAGGACCACUGUGCCCCAGGACCACUGUACCCCAGGGACCACUGUACCCCAGGACCAGUGUGCCCCAGGACACCACUGUACCCCAGGACCAGUGUGCCCCAGGAUAA